CACGCGCCUUGUAGCUUCUUCACAUCAUAUAUUCAAAACACAAUAAAUUUUUCUGUCAAGAUUUUUCUGACAAUUUGAGUUCAAAGUUUGUAACUUUUUCAGGUUCUUGCAAAAGGGUAGGUAGCAUUCCAAUCAUGCCUUCAGGUCCUAAGAAGAGAAAAGCUGCUAGGAGGAAGAAGGAACUUAACCUCUCAUCAACCAACAACCCUCCUCAAGGAAAUGAUGAUUUGAAGCCUCGUAAUGAGAAAAAGAAUGAUGGCAGAGGCAAUAAUUUUCCUGCAUAUCACAAGAGCGGUGGAAGUGAAAUGGUUCAUAAAAGAGACUUGUCAACUGCUCGGCCAAUUGCUUCUGAUGCCGUGUCUGUGGAAGAAGUUUGUGGUGAUUUCAAGAUUGGACAAGCGUUAGGAGGAAAGGAAAACAGUGCUGUUAUGGUAAAGAGAGAUUUGAGAUUUAAGGAUGGUUAUGAGAAAGAAAAUGAAAGAUUUGAGCAUACUGAAACUGCGAAGGAACCAUGCUACCAGAGUGGUAUUUCAAAUGGUGAAUCCCUAGCUAAGAAGAACUCUAAGGAUGAGAUAUGUGAUUUGCUUGAAGAGAAAAUUGCAUGUCAUGAGUUGGUUAAACCAGAUGAAUCGUCACCUUCCAAUACGACUGCGGCUUCCAUGUCUGGAGUAGCCCCUCUUCUAGAAGUGAUCGAUCAUGCUGGGAAGUUGAAUCAGGAUAGUGUAUAUCCCUUAACAAAUGAGAAUGCUACAACAUCGCAUAUGGAGGAACCUAAGCCAAAGGAAUCUGAUAGUAAAGUGUUAAUUUCAUCGUCUCGUAGUCCAUUACCUAAUGAUGCAGCACAUACUAAGAAUUCCAAGACUCCAGAAUGCUCAAAAGAUCAGCCUUUCGUAAGGUCGACUCCAAAUUUGGUGCAGAAGACUUCAUGGUGGAGUUGCUGUGGACUGUUUGAAGUUUUGUCAGGUUCAAAUAGAUAAUUUCAGAAAUACAAACUUAGGAUCUCAACUUGCAUGUCAGAAGAGGGAAAAUGGUGCUUCAUGAGAAACUUUUCACCAAUGCAAGUUUUUCGAUGGUGCUUCUACCGAAAUCCUAAAAUCUUGUUUGAGACCUUCCAAAGCUAAAACAGAAAAAUUAGAAGGACUUUGUUAAAACAUUUUGAUGUAGAGUGUCUAGGUUCAGAGUUUCCAAGUGAUCAUAUAAGGUUUGUUUACAUUACUAUAGGGAAGUUUAUUGGAUUUAUUGUAUUGGCAACAAAUUUACAGCUCAAUUCUUGAGCAUGUCAAACCACAUUGUUAGUUUUGUGAUAUAGAAAUUUGGUCUAAGUUUGAUUCA